UUUGUAGGUGAUUUGAAUCCGGAGGGCGCGUUUCUAGCCGAUAGCCCCGCAACAAGUCGCGGUCAUGCCGAGUCCAACGCCGUGGGCGUCUGGUAUUCUCGCAGAAACAACGGCGAUAGCCUCACUCCAGAACUUGCAUCGGCAGUAUCGGUAGACUAUGAGGUACACCAGUUCCUCGCCGUAUUACCGAAAAAGGAGAGUUACGACCACCUUGAGAAGAUCUACAUUCGAGAUGUUCACCGUAUCCUUCCCGCCAUGAAUCUCGACAUACUCCGAGCGUCAACAUCAACGAUAUCCCAAGUUCUCUGCAAACAAGCCAUAUGCCUAGCUGCCGGCUCGAAUCCGAGCGCCAGGCCUUACCUGACACUCGGACAAGACUCAUCGGCAGUCUUAAGCUAUUCAGAAUUCGCCCUCCGUCUUUCCUCGGCCAUCCGGAAAGCACUCGGCCUCGGCCUAGUCAAGGACCGAGUCCAAGCCGUGGCCAUCAUGGUGAUUCUCUCCCUGUACACCCACUUCUCGCAAGACCGCCAUCUGUCUGCCGAGCUGGCGGCACAGGCCGUCAGCAAUGCCCAGACAGUGGGACUUCACCUCCAAAAUCCGCCGGCGAGGUCCGAGGAUCCGGCGUACUUGACGCGGCUAUUCUGUUGUGUCUGGGCCAUGGAUCAGCUCAACGCAGCUUUCCACGGACGACCGGUGAUGAUACACGAAAGAGACCUAGGGCGUGACAUGGAGGAGUGUCUUCGAGAGCAAGACAGCUGCUUCCGACUCUUCCUCGAAAUUGUGGUCUUGCUCGGAUGUAUCAUCGACCUAUAUCGGCCGGCAGUAAAGAAUACGGGCUGCGUUGUCAUGGAGGAUUUUCCAAGCUUUGAUAGCCUCGUCGAAAAGGCACACGCUCUGGGCGUGGAAUCCCGCCUCUUAGCUUCCAUGGAACUUCUCUAUCACGGUAUCGGCAUAUUAUCAUGUCGGAUACCUGUUGGUUCAACAAGAUCUGAGCACUUAUCACUAGCGCUCAAUCGACAGGCUCUCUCCGCUAUCAAGAUUACAACCAUUAUUGAGGACUACGGUAAUUCAUUAUCGCAUAUCACUUUCGUGCCAUACGCCGUAUCUCUAUCCCUGCGGGUCGCAUAUCGAGAACUACGAUCAUCCAAGGUGCCAAUGUUAACGGCAAGAUCCCGGCGUCAGCUCCAGUCAACUUGCAAGACGCUCCGUGGAAUGAGCAGCAUGUUCAGGUCUGCGCAGGUCAUGGUUGACCUAGCCGAACAAGUGAUUCAGGAGAUAGAUCAAGUCUGCACCAACGCCUUGAAUGAGCAGAACGCGGUUGGUUCAACAAAUGCGCCGAAUACCCCUCGGCAGGACCAAGCAGCACCACAUGUCGCACCCACCGUGGGCUGCAGCAAUGUUGAUGACGGAAACCACCCGCCAAACAGUGAGCUGAUGCCGGUCUUUGACCCUUCACUCUUUGAGGGGCCUGCAGGUUUCGAUGUUUUCGAGUUCUUCGACCCCGGCGAUCUCAAUGCGAUCGAUGCCAUCUUGGGAGGGGAUGCUCCACCAGGAAUUGGGCCGAUGGGUUCAUUCAUUUGA